AUGAUUUUACUACAAAUAACAGUUCUAGGAUAUUUAAAUACAGGGAAAACAUCUUUGGUUAAUUCUAUUAUGAAUAAUGAAGUUUUCAAUACUUAUAUACAUACAGAGAUGCCAAUGAUAUAUUAUAAAGUACACAGAGAAAGAAAUCGAAAUUUUUGUGUUGAAAUUGAAGACACUUCUGUUGAUGUAAAUGUAAAUAUUUUUAUGAAUAUGCUAAGGAAAGAAAUUAAAACAAAUAAGAAUCAUAUGACAAAUCCAGUGUUUAGCUUAUUUGAAAAGCCAACGAUUCCCUUUAGUCCUUAUGAUCAGUAUAAUUCGGUUUGCUAUGGAAGGAUGGCCUAUUUAUUAGUUUUCGAUCUAACUAAUCCAUCAACAUUUGAAUAUGCUAAGAUGAUAUAUUUAAACAUGUCCAACACAUAUAACCGACUAUAUACACUUAAGCCCUUUAUAUCUCUUGUUGGAAACAAAUAUGAUUUGAUUAACCAAAACAAUGAAUUACUAAAGCAGGCGGAAGAUUUUUCUAAUGAACAUAUGAUCCAGCUAUGGCUAACAUCAGCUUAUACUGGAAAGAAUGUGAAAAAGCUAUUUGUACAUGUAAUUAAUAUGGUGUACAACAAUACAAAUCUUUGGAAAUAUGACGCUGACGAUUCUAUAUCAGAAUCUUCUGAGGAUUGA